CAGGGAAAGCUGGGAACAGAGAGAGGCAGUCAGUUCACGCCGGCUGAGUCACCCCGAGCGUAUAAAACCAAGGCCAAGCAGUCGGAGCCACUCCGAGCGCAGGCACGAGGCACCGGGACUUUGGGACAGGAAACAGAUCUUGCAAACUACAAGCACCUCUGAGAAGGAUGUUGUCACCCUUGCUCAUCCUCCCUCUGCUGCUGGGGACCACAGCACAUGGCCUGGUGAGCAGAGCAGCAUCCAGGGAUGUCACCACCUUUUUCCAGCUGGCUCAGGAGGACUCUUGGGAGAAUGUUAAUCUCACCAGCAUGUCCUGUGAGGAUCAGAAGAACAGGACCUGGAUCACCCUGCAGCUGACCAACAGCAGCCUGACAGCUUUCCCAGUCUGCCUUCCGGAGGCCCUGGAGACCCUGGAUCUCAGCAAUAACCUCUUGGAAGAGGUGAAUGGCACAGAGAUAGCGAACCUCCCACAGCUGCGUGUCCUCUCGCUGAGGCACAACCGCCUCUGGUCAGUGAGGUGGGGAUCUGAAGCCCUCAGCAGCCUCCUCAAGCUGGACUUGAGCUUUAAUAAGCUGUCAUCUGUGCCAUCCUGCCACGGCUCAGCCCUGCCUAACCUCAGGUGGUUGUCCUUGGCUGGAAAUCCCCUGAUUGAAAUCCAGCCACUGGCUUUUUCCUGCUACCCUCAGCUGCAGGUCCUGAACCUCUCUGCAACGCUGCUCGGGCAGGAUGACAGCAGAGGAAUUAGGGACUCUGCUUUUGCCGUCAGCACAGAUCCCAACGAGGCCAAGAACGGGCCUGGAAACUCCAUCAGUGUGCUUGAUCUGAGCGGGACCUUUUUUGAGAAAAUUCAACCAGAGUGGGCCAGAGAUUUGGCCAACCUCAGUUCACUUCACCUGACAAACAUGCCACGGUUAAGAAGCCUCGACAGCGGCUUCUUCAAGUCUCUGCCUGGUCUCCGAGAGCUGCACUGUCAGGACUCCCAUUCCCUGGCUUUCGUGCAGACAGAGAUGUUUGGCAGUGCUCCUCAUCUGAGCCAUCUCUCAUUUGAGAACUGUAACCUGAGUUCCUUUAAUCCUUGGAACACCAGCUCAUCGGAUGGCAUCACCAUCAGCUUGUACGGGAAUCCUCUGCUGUGCAGCUGCCAGCUCUCCUGGCUGCUGUCCAAGCCCGAGAAAGUUGUUCUGCAAAAGGCUUGGGAGACUUUUUGCACACCCCAGGAAGAUUCAGGCAGACCUUCGACAUCUUUUUCACUGCUGGAGCUCUACGAUAAAUGCCAGUCAGAGAGCAACAUUACACAGCCCACGUCAAACACAGCCCUUCCUGAUCGUGGUGCUUUCAGCUUCACCAGCGAUGAUGCCUCUGCUGUAGUGACAGACUCAGCUCUGCUGACCACAGAUGUGACUCACACCAACUCCCUAAUCCAGAGGGAUGCAUGGAGCACUGCAUCAUCCAAGCCAAUGCUAACCAAAGACAUCUAUACCAGCUCCCUAAUCCAGAGGGAUGUAAGGAGCAUGGCAACAUCUAAUCCAAUGCUAACCAAAGACACCUAUACCAGCUCCCUAAUCCAGAGGGAUGUAAGGAGCAUGGCAACAUCUAAUCCAAUGCUAACCAAAGACACCUAUACCAGCUCCCUAAUUCAGAGGGAUGCAAGGAGCACAGCAACAUCCAAUCCAAUGCUAACCAAAGAAACCUAUACCACCUCCCUAAUCCAGAGGGAUGGAAGGAGCACGGCAGCAUCCAACCCAACGGAGCCCAUCCUUACAAAGGCCAACAGUUCCUCCCAUGAGGAGGAGGCAGUUUCUGAAUCCACAAGCAGUCCCCCUCCCUUGGCGUCUGUAACCUCCUUCCCAGUUUUUCUCCAAGAGCUCUUUGCUCAGUCCCCAGACCACAGCUCCACAAGUCCAGCUGGAACAGAACAGCUACAGAGAGGGCUCAGAACCACCAGCACGACAUUGCCCCGGGAAGGGCCAUUAAACCAGACCACCAGUGAUUAUUCCACUGGAGGAACAGGAGUCCCCCACACCACCAUCCACCACACUCACUCCUUUGCCACCCAUGCCAGGGAAGGUGCCCCCAAAACGAGCCCCCCACAGCUGGACUCCACAAGGAGCAGUGCCCACUCAGAGCCUGCGCCCAGCACGCCAUCACCGCAUUACACCGACGACUACGACUACGAAGAACAAGCAAAGGAGGGAGCCCCGGUGCAAACGGCCCAGGCCGCCUGUGACUACAAUCCUUGCAGGCACCUGCAGAAGCCGUGCAGGGAACUCCAGAACAUAUCCCAGUGUUCAUGCCCUGGCACAACGAGGGAAGAUGAGAUUCCAGACCCACCCAGGCUCAGAGAGGUGGUUGAAAUUACUGACAGCUCUGCACAGAUACGCUGGUGUGCCCCAUAUUCGGUUGUUCACAGCUAUGAGCUGAUGCUUCACGCCCAAGACGACGAGGACAGGCAGUUUGUCAUGGACAACAUCUACCCCACGGCCAGGCAGUACACUCUGUACAACCUGCUGCCAUUCACCACUUACCAGAUCUGUGUGACUGCCUCCAACAAAGCAGGGUCAAGCCAGACAACAGGCCAGGAAAUUCCAGGUAAUUCGUGCACCAGCUUUAAAACAAAACCCAGCUACAAAUAUGUUUUUGCUGGUCUGUCUGCAGCAAGUGGACUCUUUCUCAUUACUACAAUUAUUUUAUCUGUAUGUCUGUGUAAGGCAUGUAAAAAGCCUCAGAGUGAGCAGUAUGGCACACACUUAGUCUCCUACAAGAACCCAGCAUUUGAUUAUCCCUUAAAACUACAAACCACUAAUUAGCUCUGGGUGAUUGUUGUAUGCAUUCAAAGUUCACUAUCUCCAUCACCUUGGUGUGUUUUUGUGAGACUCUGAAAACGUCCUUCAGCAAAACUAUGAACCAUCAGAUUCCAUAACCCUGACGUUUCUAAGGGAGAGAAAACCACAAAAAAAAAAAAGAGAAAAACUAAUAAUGAAGGCAGUCAACCAGAAAAAGUCUUUGGACUCCUGUUCCUGUGCUAAGCAGCAGCAAGCCUGGACACUAAAAGUUGUUUUUGUAAUCACCUACAAAUAGAGUAGCAUAAAUUUCACACAGUGAGAGGCUGCCUGGCCAGCUGUCUGCCUCCAGUAUCUCCCAUGAUCACAGUCAGACGAGAGCUGCAAUCCAAGGUGCAUUAGGCUUAGCAAGAUGUACUCUGCUUUUAUUCACAGAGCAAAGCUGGGGAUUCAAUUUUUUAAAGGUAUUAUCCAUAGAGUACAGCUGAAAGGAGUGAGUGGGCUCAGUGACAAGGUGUUGUGCAGAUCUAACUCCUCUAAGUAAAUGCAGUGGAUGCAGAUGAUCAACCUAACUUCAGUUCAGGAAAAUAAAACGUUAAAUUUAAUUGUAGUCACAGAUUGUGCAGGAUCCUUAGGGCAGGGGUAAUUGUUUUCUUCUGACUUUUUAUGAGGUUGUCCACAACUGAGCCUCCCAAGUGCUUCCCCAAAACGAGGUCACAGGCAGUGGGGGGUUUGCAGUACAGCAGUGACACACAGAAAGUGGGGAGGGGAGCACGUUAACAUUUGCUUCCCAGUGGAUUUUAAGCAGAGAGGAUGUUCCGUCCCAUCUACAGAUUUAGCAGCUGAUGAUUUACCUCAUACAGAGGCAAAAAGCCAAGUAAUGAAGCAAUUUAAUGUGUGUGCUGCUGAGGCUUGAAAAACCCAAAUCCCCUGCACUAGCAGACAGUUCUGCAGACACCUUUCAAAUGAACCCUUGGGUGCCAAUUUCUGUACAAUAAUAGUAAGAAAUGCUGACAAUCCCAACUUUGAGCUUGCCAUUGGAAUCCAAAGAGGUGUCCCAGUCUGAUGUUUCCCCAUAGGCUUCAGUUCCAGGAGCUGCCUGUUCCUGCUGCUGUACAGUGCUGUACAGACACAGUGCAUAAAACCCCCUGAAAUCUCAGGGGAAGGUGCUGUAGUGUGUAAAAAUCUCUGUUCCAUUCUCUUGGGGUUUUUAAUGUUUUCAGUAUUACUGAAAUAAAAGCCACAGAGCUACGUUCUGGUUUUUUUAUUAAAGACAUGGAUCUUGGUGUUGU